CUCAACUGCGUGUGUCAUAACAUGCAUUAUUUUUUUGAGUUGGGGCACGAGAUUUCCAGUAUGCGAUCUGUAGCUAUAUUUACUGCAAAACCGUAACGGAAAAAUCAAACGCAAAUAGCAAAACGACCAAACAAAUCAGCAUGUCCACAAACCGAAGAACUUUGAGGAGAAGUGGAAGUUUACCUACAUCUCGAACGGUUCGAAUUGUGAUUUUAGGUCAAGCUGCUGUUGGGAAGACGGCCAUGGCAGUGCGAUUUAUCACCAAGAGAUUCAUUGGAGAAUACGACCCUACACUAGAGACAAUCUACCGACACGAGGUGGCCAUAAAUGGAGAUGUUGUACACUUCGAGAUACUGGACACAGCUGGGCAGGAGGAGGACGCGCUGCUGAUCGAGGAGAAGAUCCGCUGGGGCGACGGCUUCCUCAUCGUCUACUCAGUGACGGACCGCUGCAGCUUCGAUGAGGUCAUGCGCCUCUGCUUCCUGGUCAACCACAUCCACUCGGGGGGCGGUAGUGGCGGCGGGGCUGGCAGGCGCGGGGGCGGCAGUAGUAACGGCCAUGAGCCACCGCCCAUGCUCAUUGUGGCCAACAAGAAGGACCUGGAGUACGACCGCAUGGUGACAGCCGAGGACGGUGAGAGCCUGUCGCGUGGCCUGAAGGUACCCCUGCGGGAGAUCUCGGCGCGCGACAGCUGGGAGGAGACGGCGGGCGCCUUCCACGCCCUGUAUGCCGACGUGGCGCAGCAGCUGGACGCCUCGCCACCCUCCUUCCGUCGCAGAGCUGUCUCCAAACUCAUGGAGAAGAUCCCCAGGAUCCACUCGGGCUCGGCGCUCGGCGCCGCUGGACGCAGCUUCAGUUUCGGGUCAUUCAGAGACUUCUUGCCUGAGUAAAGUGGGGGUGUGGGGGGUGAGGACUCUCCUCUCUGAGUGAGUUACAUGCAGUGAUGGGCAAAAUGGAUUAAUUAGUUACAAUCCAUUGCCACAUAUUCCAAAUAACUUUGUUUUACCUGUCCAAUUCAACCAGGUGAUCACUCAAUUGGACAGGUAACACCAGGUCAGGGGGCAUAUGUGGAAGUAGCUUGUAGCUAAUGAACUCCUUUUGCUGAUCACUGGUCACAGGAUGCAGGUGUGUAGGUGUAGGUCGAGGAACACACAGUGUCAGUGUUGCAUGUGAACGGCAGCAGCAUCAUGUUCCUGCAGCAGCAGCACUGUUUUUGUGUUAUGCUCAUACUACAUUUAGAUUAUUGAGCUAAUAUCCAGAGAAGCUUUUAGUGAAUAUGGUACAGGGAUUGUGCCAAUGCUGUAGUUGUGGGGUUAGACACCUUGGUCAAUGAAACUUGGAUUAGGAAAGAAGUGGGUUUACUCCACCAUUUUCAUGUUUACUACUGAUGGAGGAAUUGGAUGAAGUGAAUUAAGUGACUGUCAGAUACCAGGAUCAACUCCCUGAGCACUAGACAACCCCACACCAUUCCUUUUCCGCAACAUGGCAUCAUCCAAAGUGUUAAGAUAACAAGCCGACUUCAACCGUCUAUCGCGUUUGUGCAUCACGACUUUGCAUGUUAAUUCGUGCUCCACAACGCCCUGAGACGGGUCAGGGUUAGGGGUGGUUUUGGUCAUGGCCCAAUAUCGCCAUUUCCUUUGCUUGUUUUCCUUUUAUUCGCAAAAGUAAAGCAAAAUAAAUGUUGCUUAACUUAUAGGUUAGGGUUAGGGAUGGUUCUGGUCAGGGCACAUCUGAGCAUUUUCCCGCUUAGUGACAGAAAUUCGCUGUGGGCAACAAAAAGUCGCUAUGACUGCUUGAAAACUGUGCAAACCUGGUCACGUGACAAAAGUGCUACAAGUGCCCGCAGCAUUGUAGAGCACGGCUUAACAUGCAAGGUUGUUGGACUUCCUGAAAUGAUUACACUUUUGCAUGAUGCCAGUCUGCCUUUUUUGCAUUGCACUUUUUUACACUAAGCUCCAUGAUCAGAGGUGGAGUGGCUGGCUUCAAUAGAGCACAGAUACAAUACUUUCAGUGGUAGUGAGUUAACGUGGUAAUAGGUUAACGUUUGCACAAUGUGGAGGACAAAAUUAAUAUCAGUGGCCAUGCAAAAGAUAGACAUCUUGAUGAGUUUUUCUUACUCACUUCUGUAGAAUUCAUUGAAGAUGCUGUUGUGUGAUACAUACUGUAUAGUGGUAAAUGCAUAAACUGGAUGAACAUGUUGAAUGUGUGGAGAAAGUACAAUAUGAUAUGAAACUUACAUAUGAUUUAUCACCCUAUGAAUGAUGUUAACCGUAGAAGAAGGAUGAAGGACUUGAAGCAUCUUUUGUUUCUAUGACUUGUGCAACAUGAAGAUGGACAUACUGUAUAUGACACCAUUUGAACUGUGUAGAGAAUGCACAAUCGACUGACUUCAAAUUGUUUCACCAUUGUAGAUACCCUGUCUUCCUUGUGUCAUUGGGGUGUGAAUUAUAUGCAUCGCUCAGUAUACCCAAGUUUUACCUGAGAGCAUUUAUAUGUUCAGACAGCUGUGAAUAAAAGUGAAUGUGUUAGGGUUUGCUGGAUUGCUUGGCUUUUUCAGAGCCAAUACAGUGUACUCCAAAUUAGCAUAAA